AUGUCUACGGUAUUCCCGAGCCCGCUGGUGGCUCUAAUCUCGUCGCCGCUCGGCCAACAACACGCGCACGCACGCGGAUUCAAGUCCGUCGCCCAUUUAUUCGCGCCGUUCACCUCACACGACUGCCACGUUAGGGUGAGUUGGGUUCUCAUAGAUUUUCUAGAAAAUUGAAAAAUUGCUCGACCCACAAUCGCUUUUUUGCAGGAACCAAUAGAAAAUUCGCAAUUAUCGCACCGUAUUCGACUGGACAUUCGCGACAUUUCGAAUGACGGCCAUCUUUUGUCGCUUUCCGUCCUUCCCUAUGUUCUUAUUCAGGUAGAAAUGGCUGAAUUAGUGGGAAAAUGAGUAGAAACACGAGUCUUUAGGCGCUGAAAAGCAGUGCGGACGUGUCGACAUCGAUUAAACUCUUCCGGGAAGUGCUCGGAAGAUGGGCGGAGCCGUCGGAGCACGAGUCCUUCGGCGCCUACCUCGCCUGCAUGUUCGUCGUCUCGACACAAGAGGAGAACCCGCUCGGAGAGCUCAGCAAAAUGAUUCAGACGCAGCAGACGCUCUACAACUCCACGUCGACGCUCAUGAUUCCGCCGUUCUGCUGCUCGCCGAAAUGGGCGACCGCGCACGCAAAAACCCCAAAACACUACAUCCUGCUGCACGAUUCGACGACUCCACGAGCGAGCACCGAACGGAGGGACGAGAUAUUUGCGCAAAUGUGCGCCACGUACGGAAACGACAAUUGUCAGGUGCUGCAGUUCGAUUCGAGCACAGAGUCGCCGGAAAUGGAGGGGAUUUGGAGUGAGAUCGACGAGCUGAACGACGUGCUCGGCAGAGGACUCGACGACGCAUUCCAGCACGCCGCCGACUCGACGCCAACCACUCCAGGCACCAAUAACGGCGGCUCCUCGCUGUUGCAGGUAAAUCCGAGCGUUCGAGAAGCAGAACAGAGACAAAACUCUACAAUCGUUUCCAGAGUCCGUCCUCGCCGUCGUUCGUGUCCACAAUCUCCUCGAUUCUGCCACCCUCCGUCGCGUCGGUCUCUCCGAACACGCGAAAAUCGAAUGCGAGUGUGAUUUGGAAGAAAACCGUCAAGAUACUGUCGAGCCAGGACGCGAAAAGUGUGCAGAAUGUGAUUGGGAAGUUCCUCUCCGCAUGUUUGGUACGUUUUUUUGGUUCCCACCAAAGAGUGCUACGUAAAACUUUUGGAAAUUUUUUAGGAAAACCUGGAAAACCCCGGCGCCAAUUUAAUGGAAUUCAACUUUUCAGACUCCGCACGUCGAAAGAGAGAUGCGAUCUCUGUACGAGGCGGUCGGGCAGAAGAAGGGCAUCGGAAAAUCCAUCUCGACGGGCAUGAGGAAGUGGUUCGGCACCGGCAGCUCGUCUGGCAAUUUGGCCGUUCCGGCUAGGUAUGAACCACGCGGAUCGAUUCCGAACUUUGCAGGCUUCUUGAGGGUCCAAGCUUCAGAUCGAUCCGAUCGGUCUGAAAUUUGAACCCAAAGUACUUAAAUUCUAGUCCAAAAAGCCUGCAAACUUUGGGCCUCAUCAAAUUAUUUCCGCUUGCAGCUACUCGUGGGACAGUGCGGAAAUGCAAGUGCGUCGCCUGGCGGACCUCCUUCUGAUGUUCGGAUCGCACGGCGCCGCCUACGAACAGUACCUGCCGCUGAAAAGGGAUUUGGAGGCGGACAAAGCGCUGGUCGCGCACGCAGUCGCCCUCGAAAUGUGCUGUGUGGCGCUGCACUCGGCACAGCCGCACUUAAAUGCCAAACAAUUUCCAGUGCGGUACCUCGAGACGCCCGUUCCGCACUUGUUGGAACACGCCAAGUGAGUUGCGGGCCUUUUUUUUGUUGUCAGAAUCGGAAAAGUUUUUGAAAGAUUCAGAAAGUAUCCGGCGAUUCUCCGCUGCGCGUUCAACAUCUCGGACAUUUACUCGGAUCUGGGGUGCCACAAAGAGGCGGCGGCCACUCUUGCACGGGUCAGCGCCCUCGAAGGCGACCAUUUGGUCGCCGUGGCACAGACACUGGCCGCCGAUCACUUUGAAAAGGCCGGAAUGGCCAGGAAGGCGUCGUUCCAUCGUGUGCUCGCCGCCAAUCGGUACUCACACGCUGGAAUUCAUGGACUCGCUUUUGGUAGGAUUUUUUUGAUGGCUUUUUGAGGCUUGGACUUUGUAGACUUCUUGGACUUGGAUUGAAGUAUGUUAGGUCCAAGUUUCAAACCGAUCUAAUCAUCUGAAAACUCCAAGUCCAAGAAGCCUGCAAAGUUUGGGCCCGAUCGGAUUAUCUGCUACUGCCCGUUUUUCCAUAACUAAAAAAGCAAUAUUGCCUGUUUCACAAUUUAUAUCUAUUCCAUUAAAAAUAGUGCCGCAGUACGACACCUAAAGAAAUGUACAAUUGAUCAGACUGCUACCGACUGGCACUGCCGGCAUUCGACGAAAAGCACUGGGGAGUGCUCGACGAGCACCUGGCGGUCCGUUUAUUGCAAGAAGGCGAGAAGUCGGGCCAGAUGAGCGCCCGAAUGGCGACGGAAUGCGUGCGGAGACUUGUGGCCGUCUGUCCGAAACUCUCCGCCGGAUUGCAAGAAGAACGACUGCGAACGAUUGUGCACGUGCUCCAGAAUUACCAUCCCAAAGACACGCCGGUACAGUUAUUGACGGAUAUACCCAAAGUCGAGAUGGAUAGUGUUAAAGGUGAAUUUUUGGUUUGAAAAAUUGUUUGAAAAGAUGAGGAAAUUUGAUCAUUUCAAUAGAAAAAAAUAGGCAUCCGGGGAGAAAUUUGAAACAUAAUUUGACACUGCAGCAAUGUAGUUUAACGUUGUUCACAAUUAACCCCAAAAUCACAGGUUUUUACUAUUUUUCCUAGAAUUUUCUCGAUUUUUUUUCCAAUUUUAUGAAAAUCGUUAGUGAAAUGAGGGGGCAGAAACAAAGAACAUUGAAUAAAGGAAUGAAUUGGUGAAACAGAAAACAUGUGACUUUUUUAAAUCAUGCUGCUGCAAAAGAUAACAAAAAAAUGGAUAUUUUUGCAGUCAUUUACGGAGAACGUCCACUUUGGAACGAAAUCGACGAAAACGAGAAUCAGAGUGUCUCGCCGGCCGACUGGAUUACGGUAGAACGGGCAGCUCAUUAUGCUCUGUUUGGUAAUUUUUUUUUUUUUGAAGUUUAGAAACUUGUACUUUAAAGAGGCAUGUCACUUAAAAAUAAGUGUGUGAGAUAUUUAUACCAUCGGAAAGAACGUGAAAAGUUACAAAAUCACUUUUACGGCCAGAUUUUAGGCCGCGAACGUACUUCGCUUCCCUUUUGUGACAGGCCUCCUUUUAAAACUAGAACGACAAUUGUUCUAUUUCACUCGUGAUUGAAAAGUAAUGCUUUGAAGGUGUCUAUACUGCUUUCUUUGUCAUGAUUUACAAAAUUCAAAAAUGUAUCCUUGCAGGUGCAAGUGCGCCCUACCGAAACAUGCAAUUGGUGAGCGACGAGCACUCGGACAACCAGAAAACCAGGGAAACGCCGGCCGGAGAGCGUUUCCGCGUGAUGGUCGACCUCACGAAUCCGCUAAAAAUCCCGAUUGAGCUGGAAAAUGUGCGAGUGUCGGUCACGGACUUUACGCAGCCACGCCCCGAUCUCGGCACCCUUCCCCAUCUGAAAUUGGAGCCGGAAGAGACGAAAACGGUGGAGUUGUACGUGUUUCCACGUGUCGGAUGCCUCAAAUUCAAAGUCGACGGCCUUUUGUUCCGACUGAAAGCCGCUGAAGGCGUGGGCGUCGAGACGAGAGUGCCGCUCGAGUGCAGGGGAAAACGGAUGAAUAAAACUGCGAAACAGGUUGGUUUUUUGUGCAAAUUUCAGAGUUAAACACGGGGAGAAACUAAAUAUUGCAGCAAAAAGCGAAAGUGUACGCGCCGGACGAGCGUCUCUCGGCUACGGUGGCCCAGAAACCGUGGCCGUUGCUCGAGUUCCGAGCCCUGAAAUCGGCGCACAAGUGGUCCUACUGUGAUCAGGCGCAGAGAUAUCAGCUGGAAGUCGAGAACAUUGGAAACGAGGACGUCCUCCAGAUGAGCAUCGCCACGAAUGCGUUCGACCGCAUUUCGGCCGGCAUUCUGCGGAGUUCGACGGAAAACGAGCAGAUACGAGAGGAAAAACCACUGGAAUUGGCGGCCAACGACAAGAAAAUCGCCACUUUUCAGUUUAGAGGUAUCGGAUUCUAUCGAAGACUAAUACAUUAAAAAAAAACGUUUUAGGCCCAGAAAACGCCGGAAGCUUUGAGCCAUUCUUGAAAAUCGGCGAGAAAACGCGCAUAUUCUUCGACAUCCGCAGCGCGGACGAGCCUUCCGCGGGCUCGCAGAUGGCUCCGAAGGCGCCGAGCACAAUUGUGCUCAUCGGAUAUCGAUCGGCCGCCGGCACCAUGCGACAGUGGAGACGGGUCGUCGAUGGGGAACGGAGACGACUUAUUGCAGUGCAUGCCGAGGUGCUCGGUGAGUGAAAAAUUAAAGGAAACUGCUUCUGGAUUAAGAAAAUCCUGAUUUUCAGACCUGCAAACGUCGACGUUCGCGCUGCACCUGAAGAAUUGUGUGGCGGUGAGCCAGGCGGCCCUUUCGCGCGUCGAAAUUCUCCGAAUUCGAAGCGCGCGAAAUGCGGCAUCGGCCGCCGCGUAUUUCCACAAAAGUACGCCGGAAAAUGCGGAAAUCUCGCUGAUUUCUCCGCCACGAAAGCUGGAAAUCGAGUCGGAACAGACGGACACUCUCGUCGCACGAAUUCUCGAACAUUCCGCACCCUCGGCCACGUGGAUUUCAUCGAAUUUGGCGGCUUCUCUGGCGCCGCCCGUAUGGCCGUGUCCGGCCGAGUAUCCGAAUUCGAUGGACGACGAGAAAAUACGGGUGGCCGAGAAGAUUGGAGUACUGUGGAAAGCGAAUAUUGUCAAUAAUGAGGGAUUGGUACGGUUGAGACACUUUUUUUUAGGGAUUGUUAGUAUUUUUCUGCAUAUCUUGUUGAAUUUCAGGUCACUUCGUUCAUUGGCGAAUCAUUUGUGGACGAUCCGUUUGGGCGAAACGCGGCAGAGAAAAAAGUGAAAAACGGAGAAGGUUGGUGGGAAAACGGAAAAGCUCCGCGACGUUUCGCAACAAACUUGACCUGCUUGCCGAUAGAUUACCCUGUCACAGUUUAUUUGGGUACCGAAAUGUCGGGGAGCCAAGAAAUAAAUAGCAAUCGUCGCCUCCCCGCCACUCUUCUCAACCCCCUUCCCACCCGAAACACUGCCCGACCGAAUGGUCGACUGCCAAAACGUGGGUUUUCGGUGCGAACGGCCGCUGGAUCGGAUCGGCCGGCCGGCCGGUGAGAAUGAAGAACUUCCAUCCUUGCUCUGCGAGAUCCCGGAGCAUUUGACCGUGCGGGAGACGGCGGCGAGCUACGGUAGCAUCGGGUUACUGUAGACGAGCCGACGAACGACCGCGCGGGCUCUGGGCACGGUGAACAGCUAUGGCCUCUGACUCACGCUUUUUUGGAAAUUUGGAAACAUGUUUUUACAGUUUCAAACUGCUUUAAAAAGGAUGUGUCAAAAGAAAGCGUGGUUGAUGUUUGUCAGAGAAAUUUUUUUAAUAAAGCAGGGGAUCAGAAAAUUGUGAAACUGUAACUUUCCAUAGAAACCCUACAUUCACCUCGUACCUGGCUCAUUUUGAAGAAAAAGUGAAAUUGAACCCUUGUUAAAAAGCGUAUAAAAAGCCAAAAAUUUUUGGCGUCCUCAGAAUGUGCUCCCUAAUUUUAUAUAUAAAAUUCUAAAGUUAGGCAUUGUUCUUUCUUUGGUGUGUUUUGUCUAUCCAAUUUUUUCAGGCGCCUCUCUUCAAAUCUCGUGUGAAACUCUGCAAAAAGAGGUCUCGCACGACUUUUCCCUAUCGAAAAUGUGCCAAUUGCCGAUAGUCCUCAAAAUUCGCAACGUGGACGCGUCGCGCGCGGCGCGAAUCCGCAUUAAACACGUGGCAAAAGUGCGUGACGCCGUCGACGGAAUCCAUUUGAUCGCGCCCGAAUGCCGACAGCAAAUGUGGACGGACCGACCGAUUCGACGGCGGAAAAUCGCGAAAAACGAGGAGAUUCGCGUCGAGAUGACGUGGCGCGUCGCCCAUUCGGCCGUCUACGAUGUUGGCGGAGCCAAUUUGCAAGUGGAGGCACAGUUCGAUAACGGAAUCGGCGAGGAUGAGAAGAGCAUCGUUUUCAAGGUAUCGGAGCACUUUUUGUGGGAAAAGCUGGAAUUUUCGAGAUUUUUGGAUAAAGAGAGAUGUUCCUGCACUUUUUUGCACUUUUUGACACUCGAACUUCGACAAUUUCAGCUAAAAUGCGCAAAAUUCCAGCUUUUCGCCGCACUUUUCGGCAUUGCGCGUCAAAUGCGGUGCCGAGUGUGCACGCGCGACGUGACAGUGUUUGCACGGCGCCGCAACCAAAGACCACUGGUCUUUCUUCUCUUUUUUGCGCUCUUUCGCUUCGUAUUCCGGUGAUUGAUUUUCGCUCUUUUUGCAGGUGCCGAGCGUGUUGACGGUCGUCAAAUCGGUCACCUCAUUCCAGCCGACCAACUCGGAAAUUGUAUGA